CUGACAUUCACUGCAGACAGACUCUACGAGCAUCUGAACAACAGCGGCGCCUCCACCCUCACCCUGCCUCCUCCUCCCUCAGCGACCACCUCCGCUCCGGCCAUCCUCCUCCAGUCGCUCCUGCCGUCCUCCAGCCGACAACCGUCCUCCUCCGGUAAAGUCUUUUUUGAGCUGUAAACCCACAAUGUCAUCAGUUUUCAAUUUAUGCAACCCUGUAUUCUUCGCAAAUCGUUAUAACAAUCUUAAUGUAAAGCCUCACAAUGCUAGAUACAAGAUUCAUGUAACGAAUCCUCGUAGAACCGAGUUACGGGCACAGUUAACGACCGAGUUAGGGGAACAACCGGCGGUUGAAACGCCGGUUAGUCAGGCGGAUGUGAUUAACGAUGAUAAAGAAGUUAUAGUUGGGACAUAUGGUAGAACUCCACUUGUGCUUUCAAGUGGAAAGGGGUGUAAGUUGUAUGAUAUUGAUGGUAAAGAGUAUAUUGAUCUCACGUCGGGUAUUGCUGUUAAUGCUUUGGGCCAUGGGGAUCCCGAUUGGGUUCGGGCGGUUACCGAUCAGGCGAACGUGCUUGCGCAUGUUAGCAACAUAUAUUACACUGUUCCGCAGGUGAAUCUUGCUCGACGUCUUGUUGCUAGUUCAUUUGCAGAUCGUGUUUUUUUCUCCAACUCAGGAACAGAAGCAAACGAAGCUGCUAUAAAGUUCUCACGAAAAUUCCAACGGUUUUCACACCCGAAUAAGGCGGACCCACCUACCGAGUUUAUCUCGUUCACCAACAGUUUCCACGGAAGGACAAUCGGUUCACUUGCGUUGACCAGCAAGGAACAUUACCGAACACCUUUUGAGCCUGUGAUGCCGGGUGUUACUUUCUUAAAAUACGGUGACAUUGAUGCUGUUCAAGAGUUAUUAUCUAGUGGCAAAAUUGCUGCAGUGUUUGUCGAACCUAUUCAGGGUGAAGGUGGAAUAUACGGUGCUACAAAAGAGUUCUUGAAAUCGUUACGCAGUGCUUGUGAUAAAGCUGGAUCUCUGCUGGUUUUUGAUGAGGUUCAAUGUGGGUUGGGUCGAACUGGUUAUCUUUGGGCCCAUGAAGCUUAUGAUGUAACCCCCGAUAUAAUGACUCUUGCCAAGCCUCUAGCUGGUGGUUUACCAAUAGGAGCUACACUAGUGACCGAAAGAGUCAACGCAGCCAUCAACAACGGGGAUCACGGAAGCACGUUUGCAGGCGGACCUCUUGUAUGCGCUGCUGCAAUCGCGGUCUUUGAUAAAGUAUCAGACCCUAGCUUUUUAGCCGAAGUCACCAAAAAAGGCGACUACUUGAAACACUUGUUGAAGAAAAAACUACAAGGAAACAAACACGUGAAAGAAAUACGAGGUUUUGGUCUUAUUGUUGGAAUCGAGCUGGAUGUUGCUGCAACCCCGCUUGUUGAUGCUUGUCGAGAAUCCGGGCUUUUGAUUUUGACAGCUGGAAAAGGAGACGUUGUGAGACUGGUCCCGCCAUUGAUAAUCUCGGAGCAGGAACUUGAUUCUGCUGUUGAGAUCAUAUAUAAAUGCUUGCAUGUUCUUGAUGAAAAGAGUUCUAACUAGAGGUGCAAUGGGUUAUGAAAGGGUAGUUUUGUCAUUUCAAAAGUUGGGUAUGUAGAUUAUUCCCUCUUUUAGAUAUCUAUAUGUUUUAUGAGCUUUAAACUUUGUGAAUCAUGUAUUGUGAUGAUCAUUUGGUGUAAUAUUUUAUGUUAGUUUUCUUUAAGAAAAAUGUAGUAUAAUUUGAUUCUUUACGUUCCACGUUCGGUUGGUUUGCAGGAUUUUGAGCUCACUCGUUGAUGCUCGACCGCCAUUGUUCUUCUCUCAUUUAGUUUCGCAUGAUUUCGAGUUCGUUCUUCGCCCCUGCUACCCACACAAUGUUUAAUUAUAAAGCUUAUAGAUUGUUUCAUGGUUUGCAAGUGUUUGAUGUAAUUUGUAAACACAAUGCUUUUGGUAUGUUUAGGUGCAAUAUGUUUAUUUUCUU